CAUGCUAAUCAGCUGUUUUUUUUAAAUUAUUUUUUUAGCUUCAUAAGGCUAUAAGUAAUUUUAUCGUUCGUUUUUAAGCAACGGUAAUUAGCUUAAAACCGAAGUACAAGCGUAUUAUAUGCAGCAGUUGCAGUUUUAAGUCAGCUUUUUCUUCUUCUCUUAUUUGUUGUUAUGGAAUGUCUCGGAGUAUCGUCUUACCAAAACUUGCAGGCUUUGUCUGCGCUGUUAUCCACUCAGCAGGAGGAAGAUGAGGAUGAAGACUGUAAACAAAAUGAAACAGCUUAUGGACAGCUUGGUCCUGGACAUAUUGGUCCCCCUCCUAAAAAAGAAAAAGAAGUGUCUACUGCCUACACAAAGAAAACCAGUAAGGAUAUCUGGAGUGAGGAGGAGGUGGCUGAGGGCUCUCAGUAUGAUGAUCUGGCUGAUCCGAGACCGCAACCUGAGUAUGAAAUUAUCCUGAAGCAGAGUGUUGGAACAGAGGAUUUGUUCCUGGGAUUAAGCCAGAAGGAUCCAUCUUCAAUGUGCUGUGAAGCCAUGCUGGUUAAAAUAAAACUACCCGACACAAAAGCAAAAGAUGUCUUCUUGGAUUUGAAGGAGAAGUACCUGGAUCUGCGGACUCCAAAGUAUAAACUGGGUCUCCAUCUGCCCCAUCCCAUCCAGAAUCAAGAGGGCAAGGCUCAGUUCUUUAGCGACAGGCAGGAACUGGAGGUGACUCUACUGAUGAAGUGACCCAUGGACUGUAUCAACAUGCAGUAAAAGAAGAAUAAAGGAAUUAUUUCAGCUUUAAAAAGAAGCUGAAAUAAUUCCCACCACUUUCUUGGUGGGAAAGUUAGGAUUGCACACACUGGCUUGUUUGAUGCCUGAAAACAAUGACGAAAGUAAAUCCAAUUUAUUUCUGUAAAUUUUUUAAUUAAAUCUGGGCUCUUUUCCAUAUGCAAUCUCUGACUUCAUAAGAAAAAGUUAUAAUAAAUGUUUUGUGCUUCAGUA